AUGAGUUUUGCAAGAACUGAAAGACGUAAAUCAAUGGCGGAACGUAGACCAAGUACUAGCUACACUCCCCCAGUUAUUCCUCAUUUGGCCGGAUUGGAGAAACCACAGGAUCAAUAUUUGAAAUUAAACAACUGUGACGUAUUAAUCUUGGGUACGGGUUUACAAGAAAGUAUUUUGGCCGCUUCUUUAUCAUGGCAAGGUACUCAAGUUUUACAUAUCGAUCAAAAUAACUAUUAUGGUGAUUCUUGUUCAACUUUAACUAUAGAACAAAUCAAAAAAUGGUGUAUGGAUGUAAAUAAUGGUAAAAUUAAUCAUUUCCAAGAUGCCCAAAUUUAUAUCCCUGGUGGGAAAUUCACUAAUCAAUUUAAUUCAAAAGAUUAUGGGAUUGAUUUGACUCCUAAAAUUAUGUUUUGUCAAAGUGAUUUAUUGAGUUUAUUAAUAAAAUCAAGAGUUUAUCGAUAUUUGGAAUUCCAAAGUUUGUCUAAUUUCCAUGUAUUUGAAAAUGAUGAUUUCCAACAAAAAGUAAAUGCAACUACCAAACAAGAUAUUUUCACCGAUAAAUCAUUAUCUUUGAAAACAAAGAGAAAUUUAAUGAAAUUUUUAAAAUUUUUAUUAUUAGAUCCAGAAAUUGAAUACAAGGAAAAGAUAAAACCAUAUAAGGAUUCUCCAAUUCAAGAUUUCUUGAAACAAGAAUUCAAAUUAGAAGAACCUCAAAUUAAUGAAUUGGUUUAUUCAAUUGGAUUAAGUUAUAAAGAACAAACAAACACAAAACAAGCUUUGAUUAGAAUGAAAAGAUUCUUGAGUUCAUUUGAUAUUUAUGGUAAAUUCCCUUGUAUGGUUUCAAAAUUUGGUGGACCAGGUGAAUUGCUGCAAGGUUUCUGUAGAAGUGCUGCUGUUGCUGGUACAACUUAUAAAUUGAACACAAAAUUGGUUGAUUUUGAUCCAACUUCAAAGAUUGCCCAUUUUGAUGAUGGUUCUCAAAUUAAAAUUAAUGAAAAACUUGUCAUUUCUCCAACUCAAUUACCAAAAUUCUUACAAUCUUCUUAUGAUAAAGUUGUCGAGAAUUUAAAACCUUUUUAUAUCACAAGAUUUGUUACUGUUGUUAGACGUGAUUGUAAAGAAUGGAUGUCUGGAAAUGAAUCACUGGCUAUUGUUGUAUUCCCACCUCAUUCAUUACCUACAAAUAAUAAUUUUUCAGUUCAAGUUAUAAUUCAAAAUGGAGGUUCAGGAGUUUGUCCAAACGGUCAAGCUAUUUGGUUUAGUAAUACUAUUGAACAAGAUUUAAAUCGUGCUAAAGCUGAUUUAGAAUCUGCAUUUGAAAAAAUGGAAGCUUCAUUAUUAAGAGAAAGUUCAUCUGAUGAAAUUGUUAAUGAUAUAUUGGAUGAAGAAGAUUUCGUCAUGAGUGAACAAGGUACUCCAAUACUUGCAAAUUCAUUCAAAUUGGGCUCUUCAUUGAUUAAUUUUGUUCCUAAAGAGAAAUUGGAAAUUGUUUGUAAAUUGGGUUAUGUGGAAAAAACAUACAUCAAUCCAGAUUUAUCAAAUAUUUUCAAACCAAAUGAAUCAAACAAUAUAAUUUAUAAAAAUGUUCAAGAUUCAAAUAAUGAAAUAAUUUUCUCCAAUAUGCCAAGUUCAGAAUUAAGUUAUGAUGGAAUUAUAACAGAUGUUAAAUCAAUUUAUCAAAAAAUCACAGGAACAACUGAUGAUUUCUUUGAUGUUGAUUUUGAAGAUGAUGAAGAUGAAUAUGAUAGAAAUAAUCAACCCGUUGUGCCUCCAAAAAGACCAUCUGUUGUUGGAGGUAUUGUUGGUGGUGGUAACCACGGUAAUUCUAGUAAUGCCAAUUCAGGUACAAAUCUUGCUGCUUUCAGAGAACAACUGAGUAAUAAUAAUAACAAUGAAAAUGCUAUUGAUUCAGAUGAUGAUUCCGAUGAUGAAAUGAGAAAUGAUGAUGAAGAAGAAGAUCAAGGUAGAGGUCCAGAACCUUUCGGAGCAGAUGAAAUGGAACUAUAA